GGUUAUCACUGGUGUUUUGUCCAUUCAUGACAUAGAGUCUAUAUGUUAAAUAAUGAACAGAGUCACGGAAGCACAUCCUCCAGCAACUUAUACUGUAUUUUUUUUUGUAAGUAGUUGAGGUAGGUCGCUAAAAAUGUUUUAGAACGCAGCCGGUUGGUAUUAUUUUACAAGUGCACUUUACAGGGAAAAAUGACACCUCGCAAUGGAUGUUAUGAAAGAAAACGCACAGCAAGGUGCAAGGAAAGCGGGAAGGCAGAUCAAUAGGGAGGAGUGAGUCAGUGUGUCCGUGAGCGGGGUGGUAGUAGCUCCUGCGUCCCCAGUCAUGGCUGUCGACUUCACAGCCACGUACAAGGUGUUGGUCAUAGGCGAUGUAAACGUGGGGAAAACUUGCCUAGUUCACAGGUUUUGUGACGAGAGAUACUAUGACACGUACAUAUCCACAGUGGGCAUUGACUUCAAGCAAAAAAUCGUCAACUUAGAUGGAGUUCCUAUAAAGUUGCAAAUAUGGGACACAGCAGGGGAAGAACGCUUCCGCACACUCACCACCGCCUACUACAGAGGUGCGCAGGGUAUCGUGUUGGUCUACGAUGUCACUAACCUGGACUCCUUCAACCACCUCUCCUACUGGCUCAGGAACAUCGAGGAGAAUGCGUCCCCCGAGGUGGUGAAGGUGCUGGCGGGCAACAAGUGCGAGGUGACCAGCCAGCAGCGAGCCGUCGACAAGGAGAGAGGGUUGAAGCUGGCAGAAAACUUUGACAUGCCAUUCUUCGAGGUCUCUUGUCGAGGGGACGUGAUGGUUCAAGACACCUUCCUCACCCUGGCCAGGCUUAUACGGGACCUCAGACAGAGACGGGCCAGCUUGUUUGAGGAACGCGAGCGGCAGAACGAGGCGGUCAAACUGGAAGCCGACGAGAAGAGUGAUGGCAGCUCCCUGUGCUCCUCGUGCUGAAGUACUCCAAGCUACCCUGACCCUAACUAAUACCUCCCUUCCUUAACCAUUCUCCCUUCUGUUCCUCCCUGAGACCACCGUGUGUGUGCUGCCAGCUAAGGUCUACCCCGCUCGUGUGUCCUCCGCCUGCCACGCACACUACCGCUCACCACCCCCACCACCAUCAUGCAUUAGUGCCCUGCUUCUACCGUUGGGAUGGAUGGCGGAAUAGCGUGAAGACUUUUUUUUUAUCUGUCGUGAGAGAGAGAGAGAGAGAGAGAGAGAGAGAGAGAGAGAGAGAGAGAGAGAGAGAGAGAGAGAGAGAGAGAGAGAGAGAGAGAGAGAACCAUUAUUAGAACUGACCGACUGAUAGAUAACAAUGACUACGGUGAUUUCAACUAUGUAACUUCGCGCCCUUAUAUAUAUACAAGACUAUACACCUUUCUAAUUUUAUAAGAUACUACUAUACUCAUGUACAUAGCAAUCCUUAUAGUGCUUUAACACAGCUGGUAUAUAUAUAACGCAUGUAUUUAUAAGGUAACAAACAUAUGAAUGCAAGUACAGACCGGUAUACUGUAAAAGACUUAAUGAUUCAUGAUAGUUCGCAACGUUAUUUUCGUUUAGCAUUCACGUAUAGCAUCUGGCGGCGUCUGAUGUGAGUGCAUGUAUGUAUAUAACACAACCACAGGGUCAUUUUUUUGGCUUUAGUUGAAGCAAUAGGCACGUUUUCAUAUCACCGGACAAGCAUUGGUCGUCACUCAUCUGUGGAAAUAAUGCGAUGUUUGUUUUCCCGGACCAUAUUCUGAAACACUUCUGGGCUUCACCUCCACUACUUUCAAAAGUAUCUGGUUAACGUUGCACGGGGUUUUAAGUGUGUUUUUACGGUUUAAGUGACAAAUGAACAAGAUUUGUACACUGGUAGAGGGAAAAACAGUCUUGAUAACCCGGCUUAUCAUUUCUGUGGCCUUUGAAUAUAGUUGUGGUGAGAGAACAAAGCGUUUCUGAAUACGUGCCCUUAAUGCGAUGAGAGACAGUGAGAUCCCUCGUCCCCUGAUCCCGCGCACCUCUUCACUGCUUCCGCCCGCACUUCCGCAUCAUUGCCCAGCCGUCACUUAGUAGGUCCGUAUUCUCAAACAUUCCGGCGUUUUAUCUUGGCAACUUUUAAUAGACUGGUUGAAUUUGAGAGUGCUUUCAUGGUCCCAGAGAUAGCUUAUUUGCAAGGAUUUUGUAUCAUUAACGGGGAAAAAAUCGUGAGGACUAGAUAAAUUAUAUUCGUAGCCUUUGAAAAUAGUAUUAAUAUAAGUUCACAGCGUUCUGGAGUUCAUAUAAAGAUUUUGUUGUCUUAUCUCGUCAUUUUUUAACAGACUUUAUGAUGUAGAAGUUGUUGGGAAGUUUUCAUGAGUGUUUUUCCUGAUCCUGGUAAUAGUUGAGCAAGGAUUUUGCAUCGGCAGUGGGAAAAAUAUUCAUGAGAACCCGACCAGUCAUCUCUGUGGCCUUUGAUGACAGUGUUGAUGCGAGCCCAGAGUGUUUAACGAUGCAACACUCAGCGAGAGGAGCGUUCCACAGGUAAAGUAAUGCAGAUCACUCUUAAUUCACCGUUUCAUAAUGAUGCAUAGUUUCGUGAAUCACUAAAGUUCAGGCAGUGUUGCAGCAAAGUAUUACGUCACUGCGGUUUACUAAUACCUCUGACUCAAUGACACUAAGAAAUAGAUACAAUGGGAUACAUAAGCUCUAGUCAGUCAGUCAGUCAGUCAGUCUAGUCAGCGGGUGCGGCUCAUGGUCAGCGAUCGGUGAGAUGAUGUUACCAAAGAAUGUCACAGUUCCUUACGAUGGUAAACUUGCGUGUUAUACAUACGUGGCUGUUAUACAUACGUGUUAUACAUACGUGUACAGUUGCGGUGAGAACUCUGGUAAUCUUCCGAAUUUACUGUCAAUGUGUUUAGCGUUUUCUUUCAAUCCCAAGUCUUUUAAUCUAACAAUCUUACAAGGUCUACCCGCUGAUUGAUUCCAAGCAGAUCACGGGACUUAUGAUUGAGGAAGGAAGGUAAACACAGUGACAGAUUACUCAGCUAUUGACCACCAUUGCAGCUGGAGUGGUGGCGGCGUGGCGGCGAGGGGGACGAGAGGCUGGCAGCGGGGGAUGUCGGGGGGGCACGAGUCACACACCACGUACUGAAUCACUACAAAGCCUAUUUCUCUUUAGCUCUGAAUUAGUGGACGUGUUGUGCAGUGCAAUGUGGUUUCCUUUUGUAUAUGAUCUAGGUCCGUAUUCGUAAACGUUUCGAUACCUUAUCUUGACUACUUUUAGCAGGCUUUAGUGGAAGUUGUAUUGAUUUCCAAGAGUGUUUCCGUGGUUCUAGUGAUAGUUCAACAAGGUUUUUGCACCUACAAAGGGAAAACAUCUAUGAAAAUUCGAUUAAUCAUCUCUGUGGCCUUUGAAAAUAGUCCUGGUGAGAGAACAAAGUGUUUAAGAAUACGAGCCAUAAUGUAAUAUAAUAUGCUACUGUGCUUUCAAAGUAUUGCAAUGGAGUCUGGGAUGUAACUGAAUUUUUAGAUACUAUUCAUAAGAUAUUUUUAAUAACUUGAUUGUAUAAUAGAUUUACUGUGUGAUGAAAACUUGUCUCCGCGUUUUUCUUGUUCAUUCAUGUACAUGUAUGUGCUGCGCUAGAGUGUCUUAUAGAACCGCUGAUCAGUUCACACUCGACAGACAUGGUUGGAAUCAGGGACCGUAUUCUCAAAAGUUUCGGGGUCUUAUCCUGACUAAUUUCAACAGACUGUGGUGGAUGUUAUUGGGUGUUCAAGAGUGUUCUCAUGAUUCUAAGUAUAGAUUAUUAAGGAUUCUGCACCGUCAUUGGGAAAACACCCAUGAGAACUCGACUUAUCAUUUCAGUAAUUUUUGAAAAUAGUCCUUAUGAGAGUCCAAAGCGUUUCAAAAUACGGGCCCUGAUUAACUAAUCUAACUUACUGAACCUCUAUAUACACGUGUAUUCCCUCCUCACCUAAACAUUUGAUCGUAUCAUAAAUUAACGUUUGACUAACGGAGUUGGAAUCAGAUUAACUGAUAUAGCGUCCUGCUGAACCUCAGUGUACGUACACUUUCGCUCUUUCUUGCCAUGGACAUUUUUGACCGCAUAGAUUUACACAUUAACAUCGAGUGUGUGAUUUUGACGCGUCUAAUGAACCGGUAGAGAAAGAUGCAGGCUGCGUAUAUACGUAUGUUCUUGUGCAUUUCAAUCAUUGCCUCGUGAGAAGAACAGAAACUAAAUCUUGAGGUGAAGGCGUUCACACAAAAGCAAACUGAAGAACACUGAAGCAGGCUUAUAUCACCUCGCCUUCAUAGAUUUACGGGAAAAAAAAAAAGAAAAUGAUAAACCUGUGAAUGUGAUUUGUGGUUAGUGGAGGUGUUCCGUUACACACUCAUAGGGAAUAAUUAUCUUUUUAGAAUAUAUUUUGUUAAUGGUUUUGUAAAAAUGUGUAUAGCAACAUAUAUAUUAGUGUCUCUUCGUGUAUUUAAGGGUUUAUUUCCAUACGUGUUUUUUUUUUUUUGUGCUCUUGUUUUAGUCUUUCAGAGGAUAGUGAAAAUUGUUUAUAAAUUAGUUCAUGCCUUAAAGUCGCUAUGCCAGAGUCGUGGAUGUACAGUACAGUCGUGUUCAAAAGUGGAGUAACCUGCCGCAUUCACACCCACUAUAUUUAGCAUGUUCCCUCGAUCUCAAGUCCUCUGAUCUGCUGACAGUCUCCUUAUAAAACCCAACAACUGAUAGAUUCUUAGCAGAUCAGAGGAUAUGAGAGUGAGAGAGAACGUUAAGCACAGAGGAAGGAAGUGCUGUACGUUACUUGCGUUUUGACCGUGACUAUACCAGGCACAAAACAUUCUCUUCCUUGGUCUUAAGUGAAUGGUUCCUUAAUAUUAGCUCUGGACACAGUAACCCUGCGGCCGUAUUCUCAAACGUUUUAGUGUCUUAUCUCGGCGACGUUUAAGAGUCUCUAGAAGUUAUUGGGGUUUUCAAAUGCGUUUUUUUUAUGGUUCUAGGGAGAGUUUAACAAGUAUUCUGUAUCACCAAUGGGGAAGACACCCAUGAGAACCCGAUUGAUGGUUUCGGUGGCCUUUAAAAAUAAUCCUUAGGAGAGUCCAAAGCGUUUCAAAAUACUGGCCCAGCUGCGCGGUGAAGCGACAGGGAGAAGUCGCCCCGGGAUCCUUGACUGCGGCGCCGACCUGCACACAAUUCCUAAGAGAAAGAGAAAGAAUACAUUAUAAACGGAAUUGUAUUUCUCUUUUAUGUGAGGUAAGAGUGUAGGGAGGACAAUGAUAAUCUUGGACGUGAGUCGUUAGCACGCUGACGCACACUUCGGAGCUCCUCACCCAAGAUAUGAAUAAAUAAGAAACUUUCUCAUCUUUCUCAUCGUAUAAACUGUCAAACUUUACGUGCGACAGUUGGUUUGCGAUCUAAUGCGAGUCCAUUAUAACGUCCCAUGUAUAUCCUGUAGGGAAUCAUUCACGAGAGCGUUUUGAUGCCACACCCGCAGCCCUUUGGGACGAGAGUGGCCCCAGCGAGCAGAUCUCCUUGCUGCCACGGGUGUUGCCCUCACCAAGCAUUGUGGUACCAGACAGCUCUGACGCUCCAGUAUACCUUCACUAUUUCACACUACAGUAUACUAAAGAAAACGAAUCAACACGACUAAUUAGAUAUUUCAAUCGUUUCAUUAUACCAGUAUUCUAUGAUGUGUUACGAUGCAUAUAUUCAGAACCUCGCAUUUUGAAUCAUUUGGUCAUCUAAAUUUUACCCUGCCCAAUCUAUUAUGUAUAGUCACGUCUCCAAGCAAUACAUAAAGACAAUACACUCAUGAUCCAUCGCUAACACUCAAUCACCUCGGUAGCUUUUUAGGCUGAUGACCGUGUUGCUGAGCCUUUAGGCGACGCGCACUGGACCCACCCAGCAGACAUGGUUGUCUCUACCCAGCCUUUAUAUUAUCAUCUGACUGUGAACCACUCGGCCUCCUCCACACUCAGAGACGCCAGGCAUCUUCUGAAUAAAAAAUUGAGAUAUUGUUUA